AAAAAACACAACAAACAAACAACAGCCUCUCUUUUUCCAUUUUCCUCUCAUUUUUGUUUAACAAAGCUAUGCCCAUCAAACAGUCAACGCCUUUCAACUUCAAUUUCCAAUAUAUCCCUUUUCUUUUUUAACCAUUCUCAUGGAAGCUCCUCCAAAACCCAAAUAUGUUAUGCUUUCCGACAACCACCACCAAGCCAGCCUCCGCCCUCCGCCCUAUCGCCGCAACGUCCCCCGUUACCAUUCCAAAGCCCACGGUGGCGGUGGCGGCAUUGGUUGUUGUUUAAAAUGUAUUUGUUGCUGUUACUGUUUCCUCUUCUUCAUCAUCUUUGCUCUGUUCGGCCUCGGCUAUUUCUUUUUCUACUAUUUUAACCCCCAAAUCCCUUCUUACAAGGUCACUAAUUUCCGUGUCCAUGCUUUCAAUGUCAAAUCCGAUUUCAGUCUCUACACUGAAUUCAUCGUCAUCGUUAAAGCCGAUAACCCAAAUGAAAACAUCGAUUUCAUCUAUGGCAGAGACAGCUCUGUUUCUGUAAUGUACUCUGAAUCGGAGCUCUGCGCCGGAAAGAUUCCGGAUUUCCGGCAGCCGGCGAAGAAUGUGACGGACAUAAGCAUUAUGCUGAGUGGGAAUAGUGAAUUUGGAAGUGGGCUUCAAGAAGCGCUGAUGCAGAACAGACAUAGUGGGAAAAUUCCUCUGCUUGUGGAAGUGAAAGUGCCGGUGACGGUGGUGGUUGGGAGCUUGUCGUUGAAGAAAGUUUAUGUGUUUGUUAAUUGUUCAUUGGUGGUUGAUAAUUUGUCACCAAAUAAGAAAGUUGGGAUUUUGUCGAGUAAUUAUACGUACGGUGCUUCCUUGUGAAUUCUAAAGCUUUGGGCAUAAUUUUGUUGCUCUUCAUUUUUUUUUUUUUUCGCCUUUUAAUGGGAGUUUCAUUUUUACUCUUUCAAUGUUCUUAUUAACCUUUUUUUUUCCUUUUUAACCCUUUUUAUGUAAUUAUAUUGUGUUUCUUUACUUGCUUGUGAUAGAUUUGUGUGAAAAUAGGUGAUUAAGAUUUUUUUUCUUUUUCUUUUUCUUUGUUCAGAAGUGGAAUAUUCAUGUUUUUCUUGAGAAUAUGUGGGAUUGAUUAAUUGAAUCCAGACUCGAUGUUUAUAAUAUAAGUUUGGAUUUGUUUAUAAUUCUUUUAAUUUGAAGUUUUGAUCGAUUCAAAUGAUGGAUUCA